GGGGGACGGGGGACGGGCGGGCUCAGCCACGGACGCGUUCAAUGAACACACGUGGUCGAUCGCGGGGCGCGUCCGGCGGGAGAGCCGACGCCCGACUGACCAAGCCUGCGCGCCCAUCUCGACCCUUAUACAACACUCUGCUCGUCCCCUCGUCUCUUCCCCGCAUACACUCACUCGCUGCGAGUCUGCGAGAACACCUACACCGCCAGAACACGAGCAUCGCCGCACCAUGUCGACCCCGAACGACCCCAAGCCGGACCGCGGCUACAUCCCCCUUGCAGACCACGGACUGAUUGGUAACCUGCGUACGGCCGCUUUGGUCAGCACGGAUGGGUCCAUUGAAAGCUAUUGCGUCCCCAACUUCGACUCGCCGUCCAUCUUUGCGCGCAUCCUGGACGACAAGAAGGGCGGGCAUUUCUCGAUCACUCCGACCAUCCCGUUCACGUCCAAGCAGAACUACAUCCCCAACUCGAACGUGAACUACCUGCCCCGCCAGGCCAAGUCGGCGACGACGAAGCCUCUCCUGACAUGGCUCAUCCGGCGCGUCGAGGUCAUCCGCGGCACGAUGCCCCUCCGCAUGGAGUGCGCGCCCGCCUUCGACUACGCCCGCGCGCCGCACACCACCGAGAUCGUCCCGGACCCGUCCAUCCCCGCGAUCUACAAGUCCUCCUCCCCCUCCUCCGCGCCCGCCCACGCGAAAGUGCGGUUCUCCUCGCCGGCAGCGAAGCUCACGCUCGACCUGCGCUUCGUCGCGGAGUCGCUGCUCGAGAACGUCGAUGCGCCGCGCGUCGCGCUGCACGAGCUCGACUUGCGGGCGCAGGGGCACCGCGGCGCGGGCGCGCUGGCGGAGUUCGAGAUGGGCGAGGGACAGGUCGUGACGUGGGUGCUGCGGAUCCCGCCGGCGGAGGCGGAGGGCGGAGGCCCGAGGGGCGCGGAGCCGACGCCGGAGAAGGCGAGCGAGAUGGGGGUGUCGUUCGAGCAGCUCGUGAUGGGCGCGUCGGACUUGAGGCCGCCGGAGGACCCGUUCUUGACGAAGCAACUCUUGCAGCGGCUCCUCGACGCGACGAACCAGUACUGGAACGCGUGGAUCCGGCAGUCGACGUACGAGGGCGCGUGGAAGGAGGCCGUGCACCGGAGCGCGCUCGCGCUCAAGCUGCUCAUCUACGAGCCGACGGGCGCGGUGGUGGCAAGCCCGACGUUCAGCUUGCCGGAGUAUAUCGGGGGGACGCGGAACUGGGACUACCGGGCCUCGUGGAUCCGCGACUCUUCGUUCACGCUGUACGCGCUCAUCCGGCUGGCCUAUAUGGAGUUCAUCCUGGCGCGUCUGCGCACGAAGAACCCGGACGGGUCGUUGAGCAUCAUGUCAGUGAAGAACUUCCCGGAAGAGGAGCUCACGCACCUCGACGGACACAAGGGCUCCAAGCCCUACGGCAAGCCGCUCGUGAGUGACUGCAAGGUUUCAGCGAAUGUUAUCGCGAACUGCAAGCAGCCGGACUUGGAGGUCCGGAACCGGCACCGACACUUCACAGUACGUCUGCGCCUCGCGGAUAAGCGUUCUCUGCCCUGCCCGCGCCGCCUGCAGUGGCUCGCCGCGCGCGACGAGCUCUACGAGGAGAUCAUGACGAAGGCAUGGAACCCGGAGGGGCGGUUCUUCGCGCAGAGCUACGAGGACCUCGAGAUCCUCGACUCGUCGUUGCUGAUCAUGCCGCUCGUCUUCUUCAUGCCUCCGUCGGAUCCGCGCUUCUUGAGCACACUGAAGCAGAUCUUGCAUACGCCGGAGAGGGGCGGUUUGACGUCGAACGGAUUGGUCUACCGCUACGACGUCAAGAAGACUGAUGAUGGCGUCGGCGGAGACGAGGGAACGUUCUGUCUGUGUACGCUCUGGUGUGUGGAAGCUCUGGCGCGUGCGGGCGAGUACGACAAGGCAAUGUUGUCCAGGGCUGUGGGCAUGUUUGAGGACUUCUUGCAAUACACGAACCACGUCGGUCUGUGCACAGAAGAGAUCUCCGUGGCGGGCGAAGCGUGCCCUCGGAAUGCUGUUCAAGGCUUUACACACGUCACGCUCAUCUCGGCGGCGUACAAUCUCUCGCGCAUGCUCCAGAAAGUGCGAGGCGGGUAGGGUGUUGUCCACGAUCAUGGCAUGCAUAUAUAGGGGCGUAGAAUGACAAUGAAGCAAUGUGGCCGUACGCGUGUACUUUAGCGGUUGGUGAGAUGAAGGUAUGAAAUUGUGCCAA